AUGUCGCCAACAAGUCCUUUCAAACGCCAUCCACAUCAUCACAGGGUGAUACUCCUUGUGUUCGUGGCCACUUGUCAUCUUCUAUUGUUGUUGUUGUUGUUGUCGUUACAUCAUGUCAGUGCCGCUGCUGGUUCAUUCCGAACCGAAAACAUUCAAUUCACUUCAAAAGCUCCUUCGGGAAGCCUCACUCUUUACGGAACUCUCUUUCUUCCAUCAUCAGUUUCAACAACGUCCUCCUUAUUUGCCAAAGAAAGAGAAUCCUCUUCAUCCUCAUCCUCAUUCUCUUCAUUCUCAUCAUCAUUGGAAUCUAAAGAAGAAGAAAAGGUUCUUCAGCAGAAAUUCCCAGCAGUGGUGUUGGUUCAUGGCAGUGGUCCUCAGAAUCGGAAUGAAUCCAUUCAGAAUUACGUCUUUCUCAACACUCAGGCACAACCCGAAUGGAAGAAACCUCACUGUGGUUAUACUUCUCUCAAUUUCCAAACCUUUCAUGAAGUGGCUCAACAUUUGGCUUCCCAACACGACAUGAUUGUUCUCACCUAUGAUAAGAGAACGUGUUGCAAUGCUCAGUACCAUCCUCAAACGUGUGGAAAAGAAUCAUGUCGUGUGGAUCCAUUCACACAUCAUUUCACUGGUUCGUGUUAUUAUGCAUGUCAAGCUGCCAAUUCUCCUCAAUUAUUGGAUUUGAAUGUUCUCACUUUGGAAGAUUUGGUGUUGGAUGUGGUUCAUGCGUUGGAAUAUUUGGCUCUGAAUCGAUCGCGUGAUUUAUGGUUGGAUGUUUCACGAUUGGCCUUAUUGGGUCAUUCAUAA